AUGUCAGGCCUAAACCGAAAUGAGUGCUUGGGAGAGCACUUGGGCGGUAAUGGGUUCGCAGGAAUUGAAAGUGAAUCCAUUACCGCGUCUUCAUCGCCCACAACUAUUCGGGAGAUCUCAGAGAAUGAGGUCAACAAUACCUAUCAUUUAAGCCAUAAUAAUAUUGGGGGAUCUUUACGGAAUGGUGGGGGCAAUAUGAACGCGAACGCUGGGGAUCCCCUCGCUACGUCAAGACAACCACACGCCGAUUCUGCUCCGGGACAAAAUGCUCCUCAAACCAACCGAGAAUUCGAAGAAAGUUCCAAUGCUGAAUCGGGAACGGAUGAUAUGAGUGUACAUCCCCUACUUCCCGAGGAUGAUGGAAUGGGAGCCUUGCGGAGGCGGAUUCACGCGAUUCGAGAUUUGGGGCGAACGAACACUGAGCAGGCCCGCAUGAUCCAUGAUCUAAUGACAGAGAAAUACAAUUCAUCCCAGGCUUUCUCGGGACGCCAUCUUUCGCCAAUCUCCUCCCCCGCCCCCUCUUUCCGAACACCCGAACGAUCGCAUACACCAAACCGAUGGAGCGGCCAGUCCUUCGGUCAACCUUCUGUCUCUUCAGCCUCUACAGCUACUUCCGAAUUGCAGGGCGUUUCUUAUAAUCUGACCGCUGAAGAUUUAGAGUCGACUUUCCAUCCUAGGUUUGAGACAGAAUUACCUGUUGAGUACGCCGAGGAUACGGAUGCUGAAGAAUUCGAAGAGCCUUUCCUGGGUUGUCCACAUUAUAAAAGGAACGUCAAACUCCAAUGCUUUGAUUGCAAGAAGUGGUAUACUUGUCGUUUCUGCCACGAUGAAGUCGAAGCCCAUCAUCUUAAUCGCCCGAAAACAGAGAACAUGUUAUGCAUGUUAUGCAGUCAUGCCCAACCAGCAGCCCAAUACUGUAAACGGUGUGGAGAAACAGCGGCGCAUUAUUACUGUGCCACAUGUAAACUUUGGGACAAUGAUGCUAGUAAAAGCAUCUAUCAUUGCAACGAUUGUGGCAUCUGUCGCAUAGGGAAGGGUAUAGGGAAGGACUUUUUUCACUGCAAGACUUGCAGUGUCUGUCUUCCUAUUUCGAUAGAGACAACACAUAAGUGCAUUGAACGUUCAACACAGUGCGACUGCCCGAUAUGCGGAGACUACAUGUUUACCUCACCUGAGACGGUUGUUUUCAUGCGAUGCGGCCACAGCAUUCAUCAACGAUGUCUUUCCGAGUAUUCAAAGUCAUCGUAUCGCUGCCCAAUAUGUAGCAAGACAAUCACGAAUAUGGAAGCAACGUUCCGAAAUCUGGACAGGGCUAUUCAAAGCCAACCAAUGCCAAUUGAUUUCAAAGACACUAAAGCUAUCAUAACCUGCAAUGAUUGUGGUACAAAGUCGGUCGUUAAAUACCACUGGCUAGGCCUGCGGUGUGAUAUGUGCGAAUCGUAUAAUACAACUCAACUAAGUGUCCUCCAAGGGGAUUCCCUAGGUUCGUCAGAGCAGAAUAUUGAGGGUGAGAUUUUCGAGGCUUCAAGACUGAGGUCAUCUUCUCAUGGCGCGGAUGACCCGGCGCUACCUUAUUUGACGCCAUUGCAAAUUGACCCCAGCUCGGCCCCAGGAGCGGGUGCGCAUCCCCAAUUCAAUUCAUCGGGGCAGAUCCAUUCAUAUAACCUUACCCGUGGCCGUGCAGUCUCACCCGUAAUCAGCAACUAUUUCGGUAUACCUCCUGAUCGUCAUUCACCCAGGCCCACAUCCACAUCAUUCUUUGGAGGUCGGUUAAAUCAGAGUGAUGAAAAUGAUGGUGAUGGUGAGCUUAGCAUUUGGGGUACUAGAUUCAAGUAUAGAUAUGGAUUUCUUAGUAGGGUUACGGACCCAGCGGACGAUGACGAAGAGGUCGACGAAGUUUCAGACUCUGGUGAUUCCGAUAAUAAAAAUGAGGGCGAAGAUGAGGAUGAGGAUGAAGACGAGAGCAUCGAUAUAUUCGGGCAUCGAUGA